UGACAGGUCGCGCUUGCAGUGUGAACUUGGUGUGUGUGUGAGCCUGUGGUGUUAACCUAACGACAUACGAUCCGGCUGCUCUGAAUCCUUUUAUCAGUGGAAUUCAAGGCGUGUGUGGGGCAGUGUAAUUGUCCAGAGAAAUGUUCUAGAUUCAUUCGUUUCCGUGACAUAUUUCUGGUAUCUUUGAAGUCGACCAGGAAAGAUGACGAACAAGGAGAAAGGCGAAUCAGCCAAACUUCAACAUCAUCUGUCAUUGCUGAAAGAAGAGUUUGUGAAACUUCAAACUCAUUGCAAUGAUUUAGAGCGUAGAUACGCAAUUGCCUGUGCCUCAGGAGGAGAUAUUAAUGCCAAUAGUUUUGUUUCCAAACUUGUGUCCACUGUGUCGGGUCUUUUUGAUCAAGAAUUGUACAGUGAUAUAAAAGUGAAGCUGUCAAAUCGUUCUGUGCCUGCCCAUCGACUGGUACUUGCUUCACGCGGAGAAGAGUGGGGCUCUCUCAGUGACAGUAAAGAAUUAGAUUGGAGCAAAUGGUCUCCAGAUGUGGCACUUGCUGUUCUCAAAUGGUUGUACACUGAUCUAGCUGACUUGUCCCGUGGUGACACUUUCACUCUUGAUUUAAUGAGAAUGGCCAAUGACUUCAAAUUAGAUGGAUUGGUUUCCAAGUGUGAGAAGGCUCUAAUGGCAUCUGUAAAUGUGAAGAACUGUGUGCGCUUUUAUAUAACUGCAGAUGAGAUAAAUGCAGAUGCUUUGAAAGAACACUGUUCAGGGCUGAUUUCAGCCCACUGGGAUGAUUUCACCAGUGAAGAUUUUGCCACAAUGAGCGCACGACUUUUGUACAGCAUGUUCAAGUCCAAAACUGGUUUCCCUUUGCAUGCAGCCGUGCGCCUGAAUAGAGAAGAUGUUGUGUUCCUGUACUUGGUGGAAAACACCGCAGACUUGUUUAAUGAGUAAUGCUGUUUGUUUAUUCUAUCCUUCAGAGCUGAACUGCAAAGCAUUCAAAUGGUGUCUUGACUACAGAGACUAUUAUUUUCUCAAUUCUUUAAAUUUAUUUUUCUGAUUGCAUGCUUUUGAGUCAGCUGUGUUGCAUUUUUGCAAAUGUUAGUGUUGCUGAUGUCAUCAUUUUUUUAUAUAUUUAAAAAAAAUGAAAAUUGCAACCCUAAUUUAGCAAUUCUCAUUGAUGUGACGUAAAUCAAUACUCAAUAAAAUUGAAAUAUGUAGUAUAUUAUAUUUGUUGUUCUGAGAAGAAAUGCAUUGGGAAAAAUCAAUGUUCUUGCAUUUCUUAUGAUGUUUUUCUAGUUAAUGUCUCUGUUAAUAUGAUUUUUAAUAUUCUUUCAUAUUUUAGUUACAUGGUUUUGAACAUUCUUUCAUAUUUUAAUUACUACCCCCUGCGAUCAAUAUCUUCACAUUAAAAGUUCUUGUGAAAAUCCAACCGUUCACAGUAAUAAUUAUCCUAAGAUUUUGUAAAAUGUAAUUACAUUCUGCAGUGGCGACACUGAAUAUUACAUUGUAUACUGUUGUUUCUGUCACGUUUGACAUGAUUCCUAAAAAAAUCAGUGAAGCUUAUCUAAUGUGGGUUUGAGGAAAUUGUUUUAGAAAACUGACCAGGUUAAAAAAGUGUACAUUUUC